AUUCAUUAACUUUCAUCUUGUUACAUCAAAGAUUUCAAAAAAAUGCAAAAGGCGCCGGCAAGGAAACGUCUGCCUUCUCUGCGACCAAUGAAUAUGCAGAUUGGGGUUGAUACUAAUAUUUAUUCCGCAAUGUCCCUUAAAUCUGAGCCACCUAACAAUAAACCGGGACCAUCAUACUUUGUUCUCGAUGAAAACUAUUACGAUAUCAAGAAAAACGAAGAUACUUUGAAGAAAAGCAAGGAAAUAGAUAGUAGAGAUAGGUACGCUGUAUCGUUAGAAGAAGUUGGCUCUUUCAAGCUGACGAUUAAAAAUCUGAUACCAUCCGAUGCGGGUGUAUAUCAAUGUACUGCUAUGAUGAAGAACGACGAAACUCAUCUAAAAACGAUGACAUUGUUCGUAAAACCAAAACUGGUGGCACACGUUCGUGACGUAAAGGUAGAAGAGGGUAGUAGUGUUGCCACCAUCAUCUGCGAAUUGUUUCCAAAAGAUAGUGACAUAAAAACAACCACAUGGUACAAAGGGGAUCACAGCUAUACGAUUGCCAUUGCCUCUAGCAAUGAUGACUACAUCAAAGCUAACCCUAAAUACGAAGCGCUGAUAGACGAAGAAAAAGGAAGAGCGCUUUUGAUCAUUAAGACUAUUAUCGUUGAAGACCGAGGGAAGUACGUUUGUGUUGCACAGAGAACGGGGAACACUGGUGAGGGUUCGAGUGCCAGCGGGGAAGGAACUUUAUCUGUUGCUUGUAACCUAACCGUCCGUGUUUACAACCAAAAAGCCUUUAUCGGCGAUGAAAGCACGUUUCUCGAAUGUAGGAUUCUACCACCAGGUGAAGACAUAAUAGGUGUUAUGUGGUAUCGUUAUAAUGAACACGGCAAAUUCAACGGCAGUGUGUUGGCGUCGACAAACGACAUUGCGCGCCCUGACAGCAAGUAUACUACCUGCAUUGAAGAAGGCGGAAGGUGCAUUUUGUAUAUACACAGUGUUGUCAAAGGGGAUGCUGGCAAGUACGUCUGUAAAGUUAAGAGGACAUUUAAAGACAAAUUUUUCAAAGGAUCUGCCGUGCUCACCGUUGAAACUAAAUCUCCUGAAGAAGUACAAUGUGUGGACGAAAGCUAGUGCCAAUACAUUAUAU